AUGAGGUCAGGAGUUAUUGCAGUUCUCGCGUUCGUCCGCGCUGUGCUGCUGGUACCGAACGUCACCGCCUACAUCCCAACAUCAACAUCAACAUCGAAAUCAGCGUGGAUUGCGCCGCCUCAUCGAUGUAGCACGCGAUGUCGAGCCCGGUCUUCGUCCACGAUCGGGGGCAGCACUGCUUUGGACCCUGUCGGAGGUGCCGGUAUCGAGCCUGCCGACGCAGCAAAACCUCCACUGAAGGUAAUCCGAGGUCGCGCAGGGCCUACAGACGCGACGCCCACCUACGACGACACGCGACCGUUGGAUCGGAUACUGCUGGGACUGUUUCGGUCAAAGCUGGCGGAAGAGGUCGGGGGGGAUGGCGAUGCCUUCGAGCCUGGCUACGACGGCCUGAUGGACAUGAUCAAGGUGUUGAACGAGAAGUUCCCUUCGAAGCGGAAGACGCAGGAAGCAUCCAGGCGAGUAUUGAAGUCCCUCUUCCCUUCUUGGCUGCCGGCAAGCUUCGCGGUGAUGUUCUCGAAGCCGUUCCCGGCCUUCUCUUCGCGCUUGAACGCCUGGGUGACCCUCGUCGCGUCUCAGUGGCUCAUGGGGCCAUCGAAGCUCAACGAUAUCGAGAUCGAUGACGGGACUGUGGGUGUCGGACACGGCCUGCUUGUGGAGCGGUGCAGGUUUCUGGAAGCUGCGGGGUGCGCGUCGGUCUGCAUGAACACAUGCAAGGUGCCGACGGAGGAGUUCUUCGCCAAGGACAUGGGAUUGGCACUGGAGAUGACGCCGAAUUACGAGGAUUUCAGUUGCCAGUUUUCGUUCAACAAGACUCCGUUGGCGAGGGACAUGGACGAGGCGUUUCGGGUGGCGUGUUUCGAGCAAUGCCCGUCACGAGGAGCGCUGAGGCAGCCGAACCAGCCGGCAGUCGCACGGUGCCAUCAAAUCGAUAUCGACGAGGACGACAGUAGCUAAACGCCUUCACGUUUCUGAUUUCGAGCAUGUUUUUUGGAUGGGGAAAUAUCGUUCCCUCAAAAUGUUUUUUGGUAUGCAUAGGCCAAGAGGUUCUGUAUGACACGAGACCGAGCGGCUGCAUCGGAAGGAGAAGGUCGGGCGUGCAUAGUUGGUGCCGUGGUGGGACAGAGGUCAAAAACGC